ACGAUUAUUGUAUGGUAAAGGUGCUCUGCAUUUACUCGUUUGAACAAGUGGGUAGGGGGAUUUUUCAUAGACACCAAUUGGAAUUUUUGGACCUACCCGAGUUCAGACAAAAAUGCUUCUCAUAUAACCACUAGUGCUCGACUCUUCUUAUCCUUGUACAUUCUAACAACCAUGUCAAUUUCCUUUUAGCAGUAUCUCAGUUCUCAUCAGCCCUGCAACAUCAUCAAGUAAACUCGUAAAGUCUCUUCUUUUAAUCAAUUUUCCUUCACUCAUGGGUUCAUACAAUUUCUUCAUUCAAUCAAUUUGUCCAUCCAUUUUUAUUGUAUUCUUAUUAGGAUAUCCAGAUUUGAUCGAAUCAGCUGCCAAGAAGGGCAUCAAUACUGGACCUGUAAUCGACGUCACCAAACAUCUAUCUUUUCUUGAUUUCAGCUCCAACACCACCCCCCGAGUCAAUAACGAUGUUAAGCUACUAGGCAGUGCCAUUAUCUCAGAAGAAAAUGGCUGUGUCCAGAUACCCAAUCACUCACCGACGAUUGAUCUCAGACAUCUAGCAGGACGAGCAAUUUAUUCAUCUCCAAUACGCCUUUUUGAUCCACUCACUGAAACUCCAGCUUCCUUCGAAACAACUUUUUCUUUUCAAUUCGAAACUACCUCGACAGAGUCUUCUUUGAAUAACAGGUCAUCGGAUUUUGGUGGUGGAGGUGACGGUGGCCACGGCCUUACCUUUAUUCUCGUUCCCGACGAAUUCACCGUCGGACGGCCGGGUCCAUGGCUGGGGAUGCUCAACGACGCUUGUGACGAAGACUAUAAAGCCGUUGGAGUUGAGUUUGACUCCUACCAUAACCCAGAAUUUGGAGACCCAAACGACAACCACGUGGGUAUCAAUCUAGGCAGUAUAGUUUCAACCACUACCAUCAACGCCUCAGACGUUGGAAUUCAUCUCAAGGACGGCUCAAUCCACAGAGCUUGGAUUACAUACGAUGGUCUUCGCCGAUAUAUCGACGUCAGACUCGGGUCUGACGGCAAAGACUCCACCUCCAAACUAGUCUUCUCUGGUCCUCUUGAUAUCGCACCUUUCUUGAACGAGUACAUGUUCGUCGGCUUCUCUGCUUCCACCGGAAAUCACACACAGGUACAUAACGUGUUUUCAUGGAAUUUCACGUCGAUGAGUCGAGCUUCUCUUCGCAUCCCUUCCACAGAAACCUGCGAGAGCAAGAUCAUCGUCCAUGGCGAUGAACAUGGUGAAAGCUCUAUCAAAAAAGCACCAAGCAGCUUCUUGAUAUUCCUAGCCGUAGUAGUACUUCUCCUAGCUGUCUUGCUUAAUCUUUACCUCAACCGCAAGCGAAGAGAGAGGAAACCAGAAGAUUUUGUACUUCCGGAGAAAAAGCAACGGCCGAGACCACCCAAUAAGCCUCGCCGAUUCACCAUAGCCGAAAUUUUCACAGCAACUCGGUCGUUUAGCGAGUUACAGAAACUGGGUAGUGACACCAGAGGCGUUACAUAUAAAGCCAACAUGUUGAAUGGCUGCAACGUGGCCAUGAAGCGGUUCUCAACUCAGUUUUUCAAUUCCCAUGGAUUGGAUAGGAGAAGAGUGGCCAAGGAAAUUAAAGCAAUCAGUCGAAUUCGUCAUCCCAAUUUGGUUCCGAUUAGAGGAUGGUGCUUUGAUCAUCGAGAAACCAUAGUUGUGUACGAUUAUCUUCCAAACAGUGGUCUCGACAAAUGGGUCUUCGGCGUUGGUGUUUUGCCUUGGACUCGACGAUUCAAAGUUGCUAAAGACGUAGCUGAAGCGCUGAGUUACCUCCACUCGAAACAACUCGCUCACAAGAACAUGAAAACCAGUAGCGUUUUUCUUGACGUUAGCUUCAGAGCUGUUCUUGGCGACUUUGGAUUUGUGCUGGGCUCGUCCGACUCAACACGGUUUGAGUCGGCUGUGAGUCAGACGGCGGACGUUUUUGAUUUUGGGGUUUUUGUAUUGGAGCUUGUUGCCGGAAGAGAGAGGAGGUGUGACAUUGAUGGUGUUAGAUCGGACUUGCUGGACUUGGCAUGGGCUAUGCAUGAGAGAGAGGAGAAGGUGAAGGUGGUGGAUAGGAGGAUGGGUUCGUUGGUGAACUCGGAGCAAGCUGUUCGAAUUCUUGAAAUUGGGCUGCUUUGCACCUUGAAUGAGAACAAAGGGAGGCCAACCAUGGAGGAGGUGGUGGAGUUUCUGAGUUUGGAGAAACUAGUUCCUGAGUUGCCACCGAGUCGACCCAUUGCUUUGUUCCCUUACAGCAGCACCACAGGUCUAUGCAGUGGGUACUCUUGCGCCCCUUUCAAGUGAAGCCAAAUCCUGCUUCUGAGAAAAUUUUAUUUUUUGUACUGUGUAAUAAUUAUGAUAAAUUAAAUGUAAGGUUACGAUUCAGUCUUAUAAAAUUACGAUAGAAUAGCAUAGUAAGAGAAUUUUUUUUUUUGAUUUGACGAUUAUAGGUGUUUGGAUUAGUUUAUACAUAUCUUAACUAAUUUCCUCCUAAAUCUGGUCAAAAGU